GGGGGGUGUCUCGUGGGGCCCCCACGGCCACCGCCUUUGCUGCUCUGUAGCGCACGGAGCAUGUGCAGACCCGCGGGCGCUAAGGUGCUAUCCGUCUGAGGGGCUUCUGGGCUGCGGUGACUGUCACGCCGAGAGAGACCUUUCGGGGCUCUUGCUGCGCCUCGACUGCGUCGCGGGUGACACUGCUGUGAUCGCGAGCUGGGGUGGCAGUCGCCCCUCGGUGGAGACGUCUUGGAGUUCCGUGCGUUCUCCUCUCCUGCCUCCCUCCGCGGCUCGUUCCUUCCCUCACCUGCUCACACCCACAGCCGCCAGAGCGGGACGCGUGCGUCCCCGUCCCCGGGGUGCCCGCCGCCGUCUUUCCACAGGGGCUUCCUCACUUCGGAUGCCAUGACAAGUUAAUAUGGGCGUCCACGCCUCGGUUUCUCUGGAGGAAGGUUACCACAGGCGGCAACCCCGGAGCGCCCAGAGCUCUUGAACCCCCGCCGCUCCGGAGGGGCGUCACAGCCCGCUGCAGCCGGCAGCAUCCGUCCAGGUGGGACCGGCAGGACGCCGUGACCCAUCUCCCUGCUCAUUCCGGACACUCCGAAGGCUCGCUUGUCCGAUUAUUGUCGGAGCUCCCCAAACCUGGGGGGUUCUUUUUUUAUUUUUAUUUUUUCUCUCCGCCAGUGGUGGGCGCCUCGCGGGCCGAGGCCCGGCGCCUGCUCUGCUGCCCGCGCUGCCUUUAGCGGUCGCCUCCGCCGCCGCUGCCAGGGACGUGCUGGGAAAACCGAAGCCCCGGGAGAAGAUGCCGGCCAUCCUGGUAGCCUCCAAAAUGAAGUCGGGACUGCCCAAACCCGUGCACAGUGCCGCGCCCAUCCUACACGUGCCCCCGGCUCGGACCGGCCCCCAGCCCUGCUACCUGAAGUUGGGAAGCAAGGUGGAGGUGAGCAAGACCGCCUACCCUAGCCAGAUCCCGCUGAAAUCGCAGGUGCUGCAGGAGCCGGCGGGGGAGGGGCUCCCGCUGCGGAAGAGCGGCUCCGUGGAAAAUGGGUUCGAUACCCAGAUCUACACGGACUGGGCCAAUCAUUAUCUCGCCAAAUCCGGCCAUAAACGGCUUAUCAAAGACCUCCAGCAAGAUGUGACGGAUGGUGUGCUCUUGGCUCAGAUCAUCCAGGUCGUGGCAAAUGAAAAGAUUGAAGACAUCAAUGGCUGUCCAAAGAACAGAUCGCAAAUGAUUGAAAACAUAGAUGCCUGUUUGAAUUUCCUGGCUGCUAAGGGAAUAAACAUCCAGGGACUGUCUGCAGAAGAAAUCAGGAAUGGAAACCUCAAGGCCAUUCUAGGUCUCUUCUUCAGCCUCUCCCGAUACAAGCAGCAACAGCAGCAGCCCCAGAAGCCACACAUCUCAUCCCCUCUGCCACCUGCUGGGUCUCAGGUGGCUGGGGUGCCCUCUCAGUGCCAGACUGGCACAAUUCAGCAACAGGUGCCAGCCACCCCCCAACCCCCGUGCCAGCCCCACCAGACAGCGCCACAUCAGCAAGCAAAAGCACAAGCUGAAAUGCAGUCCAGACUUCCAGGUCCUACCACAAGGGUAUCCGCUGCAGGCAGCGAGGCCAAAACACGUGGAGGGCCAUCCACUGCUAACAACCGGCGCAGCCAGAGCUUUAACAACUAUGACAAGUCCAAACCGAUCACCUCCCCACCUCCACCAACAACUAGCCAUGAAAAAGAGCCAUUGGCAAGCUUAGCCUCCUCCCAUCCAGGAAUGAGUGAAAAUGCACCUGCUUCCUUGGAGAGCAGCAGUCCCUCCACCCCUGCUAACUGCAGCACCUCCUCAGCUAUCCCCCAACCCGGUGCAGCCUCCAAGCCCUGGCGUAGCAAGUCCCUCAGUGUGAAGCACAGUGCCACGUCAUCCAUGCUGUCAGUCAAGCUGCCUGGGCCUGAGGCCUCCAGGCCCACACCUGAAGCCAUGAAGCCAGCCCCCAACAAUCAGAAGUCCAUGCUGGAAAAGCUAAAACUUUUCAACAGUAAAGGAGGCUCCAAGGCUGGUGAAGGCCCAGGAUCACGGGACACAAGCUGCGAGCGGUUGGAGAUCUUGCCCAGCUUUGAAGAGAGUGAAGAGCUGGAAGCUGCUGGCCGUGUCCUGUCCACUCCAGGCCCUGCAUCCAGCAGCCCCAAAAUUGCACUCAAGGGCAUCGCCCAGAGGACUUUUAGUCGAGCACUGACCAACAAGAAGAGCUCCCCAAAAGGCAAUGAGAAGGAGAAAGAGAAACAACAGCGAGAGAAAGAGAAGGAGAAAGGCAAGGACCUCACCAAGAGAGCCUCAGUGACGGAGAGGCUAGACCUCAAGGAGGAGACCAAGGAAGAGCUCGGUGGAGUGGCUGUGACUGAGAUGCCAAAAAAGUCCUCCAAGAUCGCCAGCUUUAUCCCCAAAGGGGGGAAGCUCAACAGUGCCAAGAAGGAGGCCACAGCCCCUUCCCACAGUGGAAUACCAAAACCGGGAAUGAAGAGCAUGCCCGGGAAGUCCCCAAGUGCCCCCGCACCUCCCAAGGAAGGAGAGCGGAGCCGGAGUGCAAAGCCAAACUCAGGGCUUCCCCCACAGAAGCCCCAGCUAGAUGGUAGGCACUCUAGCUCCUCCUCCAGCCUGGCAUCCUCAGAGGGAAAAGGCCCUGGAGGAACCACUCUGAACCACAGCAUCAGCAGCCAGACUGUCAGUGGGUCUGUAGGGACCACCCAGACCACAGGAAGCAAUACUGUCAGUGUUCAGCUACCUCAGCCACAGCAGCAAUACAACCAUCCCAACACUGCCACCGUUGCACCUUUUCUGUACAGGUCCCAGACAGACACUGAAGGAAAUGUCACUGCAGAGUCUGGCUCAGCAGGUGUGAACAUGGAGCCUAGCCACUACACCAAGAGCGGACAGCCUGCUUUGGAGGAGCUCACGGGGGAAGACCCUGAGGCUCGGCGACUACGGACUGUGAAGAACAUUGCUGAUCUACGGCAGAAUUUGGAGGAGACCAUGUCCAGUUUACGGGGAACUCAGGUUACGCACAGCACAUUGGAAACCACGUUUGACACCAACGUCACAACAGAGAUAAGUGGCCGAAGCAUCCUCAGCCUAACAGGGAGGCCCACUCCUCUGUCCUGGAGACUUGGCCAGUCCAGCCCUCGGCUCCAGGCAGGUGAUGCUCCUUCAAUGGGCAACGGGUACCCACCUCGAGCCAACGCCAGCCGGUUCAUCAGCUCUGAGUCAGGCCGCUAUGUGUACUCUGCCCCACUAAGGAGGCAGCUGGCCUCCAGAGGCAGCAGUAUCUGCCAUGUAGACGUCACAGACAAGGCCGGAGAGGAGGUGGACCUGGAAGGUAUCAGCAUGGAUGCCCCUGGCUACAUGAGCGAUGGGGAUGUGCUGAGCAAGAAUAUCAGGACCGAUGACAUUACAAGCGGGUAUAUGACUGAUGGUGGACUUGGCCUCUACACCCGUCGCCUGAACCGGCUCCCUGAUGGGAUGGCUGUUGUGCGGGAGACCCUGCAACGAAAUACCUCCCUGGGCCUUGGAGAUGCUGACAGCUGGGAUGACAGCAGCUCUGUCAGCAGUGGCAUUAGCGACACCAUAGACAACCUCAGCACGGAUGACAUCAACACCAGCUCCUCCAUCAGCUCCUAUGCCAACACACCUGCCUCCUCCCGAAAAAACCUGGACGUGCAGACCGACGCUGAGAAGCACUCCCAGGUGGAGAGGAAUUCCCUGUGGUCUGGUGAUGACGUCAAGAAAUCAGACGGAGGGUCAGACAGCGGCAUAAAGAUGGAGCCAGGUUCCAAGUGGAGGCGGAAUCCUUCUGACGUGUCAGAUGAGUCUGACAAAAGCACAUCAGGCAAGAAGAAUCCCGUCAUCUCCCAGACAGGCUCCUGGAGGCGAGGCAUGACAGCCCAGGUGGGCAUCACAAUGCCAAGGACAAAGCCAGCUACCCCAGCAGGCACACUGAAGACCUCGGGAACUGGAAAAACUGAUGAUGCCAAGGUGUCUGAGAAGGGAAGGCUUUCCCCGAAAUCUUCCCAGGUGAAGCGCUCCCCAUCAGAUGCAGGCCGCAGUAGCGGUGAUGAAUCCAAAAAGCCUCUUCCCAACAGCUCCAGAACAUCUACCACAAACACCAGUAGCUUUGGGUUCAAGAAACAGAGUGGCUCAGCAGCUGGGUUGGCCAUGAUCACAGCCAGUGGGGCCACCGUCACCAGCAGGUCAGCCACCCUAGGAAAAAUCCCAAAGUCCUCUGCUCUGGUUGGCCGGUCUACAGGCCGAAAGACCAGCAUGGAUGGCGCUCAGAACCAGGAUGAUGGGUAUUUAUCUCUCAGCUCCCGGACAAACCUACAGUACCGUAGUUUGCCAAGGCCAAGUAAGUCCAACAGCCGGAAUGGGGCUGGGAACAGGUCUAGCACCAGCAGCAUAGACUCCAACAUCAGCAGCAAGUCAGCAGGCCUGCCAGUGCCCAAGCUGAGGGAGCCUUCCAGAACAGCCCUAGGCAGUUCUCUGCCAGGUCUGGUCAACCAGACAGAUAAGGAAAAGGGGAUCUCAUCAGACAACGAGAGUGUUGCUUCUUGUAAUUCAGUGAAAGUGAACCCGGCUUCCCAGCCUCUGUCCAGCUCAACUCAAACUACUCUCCAACCAGGGACAAAGUACCCAGAUGUGGCCUCUCCCACGCUCCGCCGACUCUUUGGUGGGAAGCCUACCAAGCAAGUGCCCAUCGCCACAGCUGAAAACAUGAAAAAUUUGGUGGUCAUCUCCAAUCCUCAUGCCACCAUGACCCAGCAAGGUAACUUAGAGUCUCCUUCGGGCAGUGGUGUCCUGAGCAGUGGCAGCAGCAGUCCUCUAUACAGUAAGAAUGUGGACCUCAACCAGUCUCCUCUAGCCUCCAGCCCCAGCUCUGCCCAUUCGGGCCCUUCCAACAGCCUUACCUGGGGCACCACUGCCAGCAGUUCAUCAGCAGUGAGCAAGGAUGGCCUGGGCUUCCAGUCUGUUAGCAGCCUGCACACCAGCUGUGAAUCUAUUGACAUCUCCCUCGGCAGUGGAGGAGGCCUGAGCCACAAUUCCUCCACUGGCCUGAUCGCCUCCUCUAAGGAUGACUCCCUGACGCCCUUUGUCCGAACCAACAGUGUGAAGACCACACUGUCGGAAAGCCCUCUCUCUUCCCCUGCUGCUAGCCCUAAGUUCUGCAGAAGUACUCUGCCCAGGAAACAGGACAGUGACCCGCACCUUGAUAGGAACACUUUGCCUAAGAAAGGACUCAGGUAUACUCCCACCUCCCAGCUUCGCACACAGGAAGACGCAAAAGAAUGGUUACGGUCCCACUCUGCUGGAGGCCUACAGGACACAGCUGCCAAUUCCCCCUUUUCCUCUGGGUCCAGUGUAACUUCCCCCUCUGGGACAAGAUUCAACUUUUCCCAGCUUGCGAGUCCCACCACUGUUACCCAGAUGAGCCUGUCCAACCCAACCAUGCUGAGGACCCACAGUCUGUCCAAUGCUGAUGGGCAGUAUGACCCCUACACCGACAGCCGCUUCCGGAAUAGCUCUAUGUCCCUGGAUGAGAAAAGCAGAACCAUGAGCCGGUCAGGCUCCUUCAGGGAUGGAUUUGAAGAAGUUCAUGGAUCCUCAUUGUCCCUGGUUUCCAGCACAUCAUCCAUUUAUUCUACACCAGAAGAAAAAUGCCAGUCAGAGAUUCGCAAACUGAGGCGGGAACUGGAUGCCUCCCAGGAGAAGGUUUCAGCCUUGACUACCCAGCUGACAGCAAAUGCUCACCUUGUGGCAGCCUUUGAGCAGAGUCUUGGAAACAUGACCAUCAGACUUCAGAGUUUGACCAUGACAGCUGAGCAGAAGGAUUCAGAACUGAAUGAGUUAAGAAAAACAAUUGAGCUGCUAAAGAAACAGAACGCAGCUGCCCAGGCUGCUAUUAAUGGAGUAAUUAACACUCCAGAGCUCAACUGCAAAGGAAAUGGCCAAGCACAGUCUGCAGAUCUCCGCAUUCGCAGGCAGCAUUCCUCCGAUAGUGUCUCCAGCAUCAACAGUGCUACCAGCCACUCAAGCGUGGGCAGUAACAUAGAGAAUGAUUCAAAGAAAAAGAAGAGAAAGAACUGGUUGCGCAGCUCCUUCAAGCAAGCUUUUGGAAAGAAGAAGUCCCCCAAGUCUGCAUCCUCUCAUUCAGACAUCGAAGAGAUGACAGAUUCUUCUUUGCCUUCCUCUCCAAAGUUGCCACACAAUGGGUCCAUGGGCUCCACCCCUCUAUUGAGGAAUUCUCACUCCAAUUCACUAAUUUCGGACUGCAUAGAUAGUGAAGCUGAGACAGUCAUGCAGCUGCGAAAUGAGCUAAGAGACAAAGAGAUGAAGCUGACAGACAUUCGCCUGGAAGCUCUCAGUUCUGCACACCAGCUUGACCAGCUCCGGGAGGCCAUGAACAGGAUGCAGAGUGAAAUAGAGAAGCUGAAAGCUGAAAAUGACCGGCUGAAGUCAGAGUCUCAAGGCAGCGGCUGCAGCCGGGCUCCCUCCCAGGUGUCCAUCUCUGCCUCCCCACGGCAGUCCAUGGGCCUCUCCCAGCAUAGCCUGAACCUCACUGAGUCAACUAGCCUGGACAUGUUGCUGGAUGACACUGGUGAAUGCGCGGCUCGGAAGGAAGGAGGCAGGCAUGUUAAGAUAGUUGUCAGCUUUCAGGAGGAAAUGAAGUGGAAGGAGGAUUCCAGACCACACCUGUUUCUCAUUGGCUGUAUUGGAGUUAGUGGCAAGACGAAGUGGGAUGUGCUGGAUGGGGUGGUUAGACGGCUCUUCAAAGAAUACAUCAUUCAUGUGGACCCUGUGAGUCAGCUGGGGCUGAAUUCUGACAGUGUUCUUGGCUACAGCAUUGGGGAACUCAAGCGCAGCAAUGCUUCUGAGACCCCUGAGCUCCUUCCAUGUGGCUACCUGGUGGGGGAGAACACCACUAUCUCUGUGACAGUCCGAGGGCUUGCAGAAAACAGCCUAGACUCACUGGUAUUCGAGUCCCUGAUCCCCAAGCCCAUACUGCAGCGUUAUGUCUCCCUGCUGAUAGAGCACCGACGUAUCAUUCUGUCUGGCCCCAGUGGCACCGGGAAAACCUACCUGGCUAACCGGCUAUCAGAAUAUGUAGUGCUUCGAGAGGGACGGGAGUUGACUGACGGGGUCAUCGCCACCUUUAAUGUGGACCAUAAAUCUAGCAAGGAAUUGCGCCAGUACCUGUCCAACCUCGCCGAUCAGUGCAAUAGCGAGAACAACGCUGUGGACAUGCCCCUCGUCAUCAUCCUUGACAACCUACAUCAUGUCAGCUCCCUCGGGGAGAUCUUCAAUGGGCUACUCAACUGCAAGUACCAUAAAUGCCCUUAUAUCAUUGGCACAAUGAACCAGGCUACCUCUUCUACUCCCAACCUACAGCUUCAUCAUAACUUCAGGUGGGUGCUUUGUGCCAACCACACAGAGCCCGUGAAGGGUUUCCUUGGCCGGUUCCUGAGGAGGAAGCUCAUGGAAACGGAGAUCAGUGGGCGGGUGCGGAAUGUGGAGCUGGUAAAAAUCAUUGACUGGAUUCCCAAGGUCUGGCAUCACCUCAACCGCUUCCUGGAGGCUCACAGCUCCUCGGAUGUGACCAUCGGGCCCCGGCUUUUCCUCUCAUGCCCCAUUGAUGUGGAUGGCUCUAGAGUGUGGUUCACCGACUUGUGGAACUACUCCAUUAUCCCCUAUCUUCUGGAAGCUGUCAGAGAAGGACUCCAGCUCUAUGGAAGGCGUGCCCCCUGGGAGGAUCCUGCCAAGUGGGUGAUGGACACCUAUCCAUGGGCAGCCAGCCCACAGCAGCACGAGUGGCCUCCCCUGUUGCAGCUGCGGCCUGAGGAUGUGGGCUUUGAUGGCUACUCUGUGCCUCGAGAGGGGUCCUCAAGCAAGCAGGUGCCCCCUAGCGAUGCUGAAGGAGACCCGCUGAUGAAUAUGCUGAUGAGGCUGCAGGAGGCUGCCAACUAUUCCAGCCCCCAGAGCUACGACAGCGACUCCAACAGCAACAGCCAUCACGACGACAUCCUCGACUCAUCGUUGGAGUCCACGCUGUGACAGAGGCCCGGCUGCCGAGCCUGCGCACCUCCUCCCCUCAACCCAUUCCACAUGCAUCCUUGACAUCAUCCUGAAGAUGACUUCCUGAGCCAGCCCCCAGCCCGCAACCUCCGAGCUGCAGCAAUUCCAAGACCCCUCAAGACCCCCUCACCCCUCAGCCACUGCCUGGGUGCCAGCACCCCAGGCCAGCCACCCGGGGACCACUUCCUUCCACAGCGAGAACUGCACUAGCCUCCAUUUUCCUUUCGUCCUUGUUUUGCCUUGUUGCUGUGACCUCCCUAAGACACUGAAGAUACUUCUCGGGAAAGGAUCAUCACUGAUGAAAUGAAAAGAGAAAUGGAAUGAAAGGGUUUUGUUUUCUUUUUCUUUAUCUUUUUUAAAGAAUCCACUUGGAGCACUGAAACCAAACAGCAUCCUACCAAGAGCUUCCAGAGGCAGAAGAGACUGAAACAAAGUUGGCGAUGAAGAUAGCACAGCUUUCCCUCAGCUCAGACCCUCUUGCCUGAAUCUCAAGACCAGCACUCCACCGUCACACCCUGACGCCCUCUACCCAGCGGCUACAGAAGAACUGGUGCUAAUGAGGGCAUCGGCCUUGGACACUCAACACAAUGCGGAGCUGUGCCCCAGAGAAACCUUCAGAGAAAAUACAUCGUGCUUUUCUGUUUUAUAAACGGUGCUCUCCUUUCCUGAGAGGUAUUUGACCUGUUCCAAUUAGUCUCCUCUCUCGGGCCCAUCAGCCUGAGAUUAUCCAUGAGAAUGUGUGAAGAAGUGAGCAUGUGAGUGAGCAAGGUGCUUCUGUUUCCUUUAUGAUGUCUAAAUGAAUCAAAUUUUGUUUCUGCAGACACUGUGUAUAGUGAAAACAGUUCUUGAGAGAACUGGUUACCCUUGAAAAUGUAGUUGAAUUUCUUCCUUUCUGACUCAUUGGUUUUGAAGACCUUCCCUCUCUUCCAUCCUCUAACCCCCACCUUGGUCAGAAUCAAUCCUUUGGUGAAAGUGAGAGCCCUAGGAGUUGAGUUUUGGUUUGGUACUGCUAUAUUUUGGUUUUUAGUUGUCCAUCUUCUCAGUCCUACACCCUCCCCUCCUCUUACUGGGGCUGGGGAUAUUUGUGUCCUUUCAAAUGGAUGAGGACUGGUCCUCCUCUGUGGGUGAGCCACAGACCUUGCCUUUCCUUCUCGUCUUUUGAGGGCUGAGAACGCACUUGGCCUCCAGGUCCCCAGCCCCAGCUUCAGGCGGGGUGGUGAGGUCACCUUGCAAAAGACUUGCACUUUCUUCAGAACCAACAUGGCGCAGCUCAGAAAGGGAGGGUGGCCAUUCCCUCCUGGAAGUCCAGCCCUGCCCUCCGUCCUGAUGAGCCUUGCCUGACCUCUUCGGUGCUGACCUUCCCAAAGCGAUGCCUUACUGGUUUUGUACUCACCGUGUUCAUUCACAUGAGUGUUGUGCCUGCCUGGGGUUGUGUGUGUGUGUGUGUGUGUGUGUGUGUGUGUGUGUGUGUGUGUGUGUGUGUUCCCCAUCAAAGCAAACAGGGCUAAAAAGUCAUCUGUUCAUAAGAACUCAAGUUGCUGUGAUUUCUCAUCCAAAAGACUCAUCUGUGUGGAUGCGUGACCAUGGGAAAAAGAAAAUGAAAAAGAAAAAAAAAAAAGACCCGUUUUUUUUUUUUUUUAAAGAUUUUUGUCAUUUCUCCAGCUAACUACCUGACUGGACAGUGAUCUGUCUCAUGCAGGAAAAGGCGAAAGUUCCUACAAAUCCACAUGACCCAUUCCCUAACAGAAACCCAAUCUGCUGUGUCUUCAACAUUCUGGUGUUUUCCUUACUGAGUGUACUACAACUUUGAGUUGUUUAUUUCUGUUUUAUGAAGAGAAUCUUUAUCAGGCCCCAGUAAAGGAUUCUAUUAAUGAUCAGGGUUUUUACUCUAUCUUUUGAAUUUCCAUUACUGAAGAUUUGUCUCAGCAUUUUUGUUUCUUAGCAUAAGAGCUUGACCCGAAACUGCCCACUUCACUUGGAAUGGCACCAAGUUCUCUCCUUGGAAAGGGACCCAGGAUGUGUCCCUUUAACUGGUGAAUAGAAAACUUUUCACCAUGGUCCCCUGCUCACAUCUCUGUAGACUCACUCUCCUGCUCAGCCUUCCUGACUCAUCUGGGUGUGAAUGUGUCUUGUUCUGUUAAGGCAUAUAUUUAGCCUAUGACUGGAAGGACCAUACCCAAAGCCUUCAGGUAACCCCAAAGGGUGGCUCUUCUCAGUCUGUCUCCCAAGCAAUGAUCUUACAGCCUCAUAUUGUGAAUUUGGGAGGAGGUAAAAUUGACUUCCUCAUCGGCAGUUUUUCCAGUCACCUUGUGACUGCCAAUGUUGUUUGAAUUUUUUUUUCAAUGACACCCCACCCCCCUCCCAAUUCCCAGACUUCCUCCCCCUGGGUCCUGGUGCUUCCUCAUAGGUGAACAGUGACGUCAGGUGGCAUAGUCCUGUGUCAGUCACAGAUCAGUGUCCUUCCCACGGUUUCAGGGAGCAGGGUUGUCUAAUAUGCACAUUUCUUAUUUGAUCAUAUUUUUACUUUAGUGUCAUCUUUGACAAAGUGAUUAUGUACUCAUUUAGAGCUCUGUCUCAAAUGCUUCCAUUUGCCUUUUUCUACAGUUAGGCGAAUGUUGAAAUGUAUGAAAUUCUAUGCAACAUUUAUGCUGAGUUAUUGAUGGAAACCAAAAGUUUUUUUUUCUUUCCUCAAACUAACAACAAUUAUACAGGCCAUAAAUGAGAUAGGGAAAUAUCUUUUUAAUUUUAGGGUUAGGGGUGGGGUAGGGGUAGAAUAAGGAGCAAGACUUGCCUAGACCUCCGUUGUGUCUUGAAGACAUUUUUUUUUUAUUUCUUCAAAUUCUGUGUAUUCAAAUUUGAUUGAGGCAAAUCUACUUCAAAAGGAAAAAUAAUCCAACUUUGUGGAUAUUGAAUGGAAAGUUUGCUGUUUUGACCUAGUCGUUUCCAGUGGAGCAGUUUAUGAAAUAUGUUCUAUAAGAUGUACAUUUUUCAUUGUAACAUAGAAAUUGUAAAUAAUCGAUUAAAGUGCUGCAUUUUGAUGAAUUUUUUCUAGCCAUUUUUAAAGAGAAAACUAGGAAUUGAGUAUUUUGUGUACGGUAUGUCUCCAUCUUCCCUCUCCCCUUCUUCCUACCUUCACUUCCUUCCUAUUUAAUUUCAUUGGUCAUGAGGUUUUGGAUUUGCCAAUGAUCUGCUGGAGAUCAUACCCCACGUCAUAGAGAAUAAAGCUGAUGAUUGUACCAGUCUUAAAUUAUUCAUGAUUCAAUAAAAUUGAUGCUUAUUUAUUCAGA